CUGAAAUAUCAUGCAGAGGCUUGUUCUUUUUGUGGUUUGCUGCUCCCUUCUGCUUGUUAUUCAGGGACAAAACCCCAGACCAUGUGAUGGACCACAACGUUUUGAAGGGAAACUUAUAACAGCUGACCCAACCAAAAAUUAUGAAUUUGUUGCCAACUUCUCCUAUGAUGGUAUUGAGAAGAGAGAGCGCCUAGCAGGAAAACUUAUUACUGGAUCAGGAGAGAAUCUGAAUGUGGAAUUCAUUCUCCUUUACAAACAGCACUUGCAAUACAUUAUAUUUCCUCACAAUUCAACAUGCUUCAAAACUCCAUUGACAAAACCAUUCAUGAAAGCUGGUGUUCCCAAGAAUGCCACCUUUGUUGCAAAGCUAAUCAUUGGAGGGACUUCAGAUCCAAGGCAGAGAUUGCUUGUUAACACCUGGAGUGGAGAAAACAAAACCGAGGGAGUGCACUACUUUGUGACAGUCACAGAAUUUGGAUGCCUGCCAGUCAGUCUUCUUACUAAUAUGAGACAAAGUGGAUGGGUUCUCACCUCGUUCUUCAACAUAACCUUGGGCAUAAAAAACUCCGGGGUGUUUGUUCCACCACGUUACUGCAAAUAAUCAAGGAUUGAAUGUCAAAAAAAAAAUGAAAGUCAGCAAGAAGUGAAGCCUGGGAAUAGAGAAAUACAUGCUGAUAUCUAUAACUUUUAAAUGGUAGUGUAUCAAUAGCUUUGGUUAACUGCUAUUCUAAGUCAGGAUUCUGUUUUUUAACCUUCUGUUUGGAGAAAAAUUAAUUUUACAAAAG